CUUUAGUUUUAGCCAAAAACCUGUAUUGAAAGCGAAUGCGGUUUCAAUCUGUUCUGAGCGCGUGCGUUGCGCUUCUUUUGAUUGUGCCGUCUGCCGUUUCCGUAUGCUUCCCUGACUCGGAGCGCCGUGUCCUCCGUACGGAUCUCGAGCCCAUUCGUCUGGGCCAAGGUGAUUGGAAUGGAGCCCGUGUCAACAACUUGGUUGCCAAAAUUCUACUCGAGGAAAAGCUUGGUAUUCCCGCUUCGAUCAUCGACAUUGGUUCCGACGAUACGGUCGUUUUUGAGAUGAUGGACCGCGGAGACCUGGACGCAUACAUGGAGCUAUGGGCGAUGGAAGAUGUAUUGGCUCACUAUGUUGCUCGUGGCUCGGUUCAGUAUGUUGGCCCGCUCGGCGUUAUUGGCCGCUACGGUUGGUACAUUCCCGACUAUGUGGCAGAACUGAGUCGCUCAAUGACCCAAUACGACGCUUACUACUUUGCCGAAACUGUGGCCAUCUUUCAGCUUCCAGUGAUCAACUCGUCUACCACGUCCGUCUCGGACUCAACGAGUCCGCUCACCGUUGCGGAGUCUGUCGAAGACUUGCUCGCCAGCGACACGUGCAACCCAGCCAACUCAUCUGCCACCCUACAAGCCUGCUACGAUGCUCUUGCAAUCCUCGUUGACCAAGUGCGCGAACUCAGCCGCCUUCAGGAGAACAAUACAAACCUCAUCACCUUCUGGACCGCGCCACCCAGCUGGAGUCCGAUCGAUGCCACCAUUGUCCGAAACCUUGAGCUUCCAAUGAACGUGACCGAGAUUCCCAUGCUGCCCGAGGAUAACGGGGAUGUCGAAGCCGCGAUGGUUCGCAACAUGGCCGUGGCGUACGCUGCUCGCAAGCCCUUCAUGAUGCAAUUCUAUGUCCCGCACCCUGUCUUCUCACCACUUUCCGGCAUCGGCUUGAAGCGAGUUCAGCUACCCGACUAUAGCGAGGACUGCAACGCACUCGGUGACGGCUACAACUGUGACUACGAGUCGGACAUUCUGAAAAAACUCGCUUGGACUGGUUUGAAGCGCAAAAACUCGGUUGCUCACGCCUUCAUCAGCCAGUUUUCCUACACUGCACUCGACCAGCAAAACAUUGUUGCCGCACUUGUUUACCACAACGCGACACUUGAGGAUGCCGCUUGUGACUGGCUGAAGGACAAUCGUGCUCUUUGGGAGCGGGGUUUGCCCGAUCCAAACACGCUCGUCACCCCGUCAACGGCCGCACCAGGAGCUCGCGUCGCUCUCUUUGUGCUCGCCGGGUUUGUCGUGAUGCUGUGCGUGGUUAUGGCGGUGAUGGUUUGGGGCUUCCGCCGCGUUCGCAUCAUCCAGUCUGCCAGCCCCGUGUACCUCGAACUCAUCUUGCUUGGCGCCGUCAUGUCGAUGCUCUGGAUUUUCCUCGACUACUCGGAUGAUCCCUCCUCCAGCCAGUGCACAGCCCGCGUUUGGAUGCGCCACCUCGGCUUUGGCGUCAUGUUUGCCGCGCUCUUCCUCAAAACCUACCGCAUCGCACGCGUCUUCCAGCAAGUGACCGUGUCUCGGUCCACCCCCCUGAGCGAUCGCCGGCUGUUCUACCGCUUCCUUGAAAUGAACGCAUUCGUGGUCAGCAUUCUCAUCGUGUGGACGGUGGUCAACCCUUCGCACCCGGACACGAUGGUUUCGGGCAACCAAAGCUAUCAAGUGUGUGGAAUUACUUGGUGGGACAAUGCCAUGUACAUUAUCGAGCUCGUCGCGCUCUGCGUGCUUGCGGUGGUUUGCUUUAAUGUUCGCAAGGCGCCAUCGGCGUUCAACGAAUCAAAGUUCAUCGCGCUCUCCGUCUACAACUGGAUUGUUGUGGCCAGUAUUCUGCAAAUCAUCCUGCGCGCCACCACGGGAAACGCCACCUUCUUCUUUAUCAUUGAGGCGCUCGAGGUCUUGCUGACUGUGCCGAUCAUUGUCGGCCUGUUGUUUGUGCCAAAGCUCUACCUCACCCUCAAGGGCAAAGGCGGCGAAGUCAGCACCAGCAGUUACCGCGGUGCCUCCACGCCCCGUCCCAACAACAACAAUACAUUGUCUGGUGGGGACCGCUCGUCUGCCAAAGAGAAGCAGGAUAUCGAGAUGUCGAGCAAGGGAGGAUCGGAGUCUGAGACUCAACAAGCCCCAAAGCAGAGCAGCGCCAACGCGUCGGCCGCUGGACCGAGUGGUGCUCCCGCUCGCACCAGUGGCAAAUCUGAUCACAAGGAGCUCCGCGCGCUGCGCAACGAAAAUGCUCGUUUGCUGAAGGAGACGGAGGCCCUGCGUUCUCAUCUGCUGCGGCUCAACAAUCCCCAUGUGUGAUUUGUCUCGUUUUUGGUUGUUUUGUUAGAGUUGUUGAUGCAUGUGCAUGUAUUGUUUGAAUGCGCCUAUGGAUGAUGGAGCGGGCUAUUUUUUUUUUUUUUUUUUUUUUUUAGUUAGUGAUGGUUUGUUGAGCAACUGUUUUUUGUUUUGGUUUGUUGGUUUGUUUUUUUCAAGCUCCUUUCAUUCAAAUGAAACCACAAAGACCA